GGGGAACCGUGUUACUGUUACCCUUGAAGAAACAGUGAGGGGGGAAAUUAAAAAAAAUACAGUUUGUAAAAAGAAUAAUGUAUUAAUCAUAAGCAUAUCAUCAAUUCGAUUUCCCAAGGGAAUGCAACAUGUACUCCCAAUGACUAUGUGUGUAGGUAAUGCUCUCUGAGCACUGCAGGACGUCAUGUCUGAAGAGGCCAUCUCAGGAAGCGACCUGGACCCCAGCGUUAACAGCGAAGAGGAGGAGGAGGAGGAGGAGGAGAUUGAGGAUGAAGAUGAGGGUGACAACGAUGGGGAUGAUGAAGAUGAUGCAGUUGAUUGCCCAGAGAGUGGCCAGGGCAGUACAGAGACGGAGACCCAGGGAGGGAGGGACUCCCCCUCAGCUACCUCACCCUCAGAAAAGACUCCCUCUGAGUCCCCGUCUCAGCCAACCUCCCAGCCCCCCUCCAGGGCUUCCUCCCGGCCCAACUCUAGGCCUGAGUCUCGCUCCCAGCCCCCCUCUGGCCACAGUUCCCAGCCUCCUUCUCGCCCUGAGAGCCCCAGCCAGGACAAGCCAUCUGCGGGCAAGAAGAAGAAACCGAGGGCCUCAAAGUCCCAGGCCCCUUCGUCCUGUCCUGAGACCCCCAGCAAGGACAAGACCUCAGUUGGCAAAAAGAAGAAACCGAGAACCUCUAAGUCUAAGGAGCCUAAGCCUGCUAAACCCUCGAAGACGGUACACAUGAGGAAGAACAUCAGGACGCUGCUGAAGGAGCACCAGAUGGAGGCAGUGACCAAAGCAGCCCAGCAGGAGGAGUUAGAGAGGCUGAGGCGUCUGGAGCAGCAGAGGAAGGACUUCAUGGCACCACCCGUCCAAGAGUUUUCUCCAGCAGUGGAAGCGGUGUCAGGGAGGCCCGGAGAGGAGGAGUUUCAGGGCCAGGGGUCGUUAGAGGCUGCUUUCCUAGCCAGGCAGGACGUAAUCUGCCUGGACAGCAGCGACAGCAGUGGAGAGGAGGAGGAGGAGGACGCCAAGCCACCAGCUAUCCCCGCUAUCACACCCACUAUCAGAGACGACGUGAUCGAGCUGAGCUCUGGGGACGACGACACACUGCCGAUCAGCAGCGAAUCGGCCAAUGAGGAUGAAGGUGCGGGGGGCACGGAGGAGAGCAGCGGAGCGCACAUCAACGACUCACUCAACCAACCAGACGCCCAGGGGAGGGUCCUGGUCAACAUCAACCACCCAGCGGAGGAGGAAGACCUGUACCUCGUCCCACAGCUGGCUCGUGCAGUCAAACCUCACCAGGUUGGUGGGAUCCGGUUCCUCUAUGACAACCUGGUGGAGUCUCUGGAGCGCUACAAGGGCAGCAGCGGGUUUGGCUGUAUCCUGGCCCACAGCAUGGGCCUGGGUAAGACACUGCAGGUCAUCUCCUUCAUAGACAUCCUGCUGCGAUACACCGGGGCCCACACCGUACUGGCCAUCGUCCCUGUGAACACGCUCCAGAACUGGUUGGCAGAGUUUAACCUGUGGCUCCCAUCACAAGAGGCCCUGCCCCCUGAUAGUGACCCUGCCGCAGUCGCAGGACGCACCUUCAGAGUCCAUAUCCUCAAUGACGAGCACAAAACCACGGUGGCCCGGGCUAAGGUAGUGGAGGACUGGUCACGUGACGGGGGCGUGCUCCUGAUGGGUUAUGAGAUGUACCGCCUGUUGUCCCUGAAGAAGAGCUUUGUGACGGGCAGGAAGAGGAAGUCCAAGAAGCCCCAGGGACCCGUCAUCAUCGACCUGGACGAAGAGGACAGGCAGCAGGAGCUCAUGAAAGGUAUCGAGAAGGCGCUGGCCAGGCCCGGUCCAGACGUGGUGAUCUGUGACGAGGGCCACCGCAUCAAGAACUACCACGCCAGCACCUCGCAGGCCCUGAAGAACAUUCGCUCCAGGCGACGCGUGGUCCUAACGGGCUACCCCCUCCAGAACAACCUGAUAGAGUACUGGUGCAUGGUGGACUUUGUCAGGCCUGACUUCCUGGGCACCAGGCAGGAGUUCAGUAACAUGUUCGAGAGGCCCAUUCUGAACGGGCAGUGUGUGGACAGCACGCCACAGGACGCCAGGUUGAUGAGAUACAGAAGCCACGUGCUGCAUAGCCUGCUGGAGGGGUUCGUCCAGAGGCGAGGCCACGACGUGCUGAGGGACCAGCUGCCCUCCAAGGACGAGCACGUGAUCAUGGUGCGCCUGUCGCCCCUGCAGAGGGCCCUUUACGCAGAAUUUAUGGACCGCUUCAGAGAAGCAGGUAACAGCGGCUGGCUGGGCCUCAACCCGCUGAAGGCCUUCUGCGUCUGCUGCAAGAUCUGGAACCACCCUGACGUGCUCUAUGAGACCCUUCAGAAGGAGAACCUGGCCAACGAGCAGGAUUUGGACUUGGAUGACAUCACAGCGGCCACCAACCCCCGCUGCCAUGGCGCUGGCCUGAAGGCCAAAGCGGCCGACUCGGCCAACAGCCGGUCCAACAUCACCCUGCCCCCGCUCAACCCCAUCCAGGAGAGAGCCAAUCAGGUCAUCACCUACGAAUGGGCCAAGGACAUCAUGAGCAACUACCAGACUGGAGUUCUGGAGAACUCAGCCAAGAUGCUGCUGCUCUUCCAUCUGAUCGACGAGAGCGUGAUCAGAGGAGACAAGAUCCUGGUCUUCAGCCAGAGCUUGUCCACCCUGACCGUCAUUGAAGACUUCCUGACCAGACGGCCAAUACCAGCAGGCCGUGUCUCCCCGAACAACCAUGGCCAGAACCAGACCUGGGUCCGCAACAUCAACUACUACAGGUUGGAUGGGAGUACGUCUGCUUCAGAGCGAGAGAGACUCAUCAACCAGUUCAACGACCCAGAGAACACCUCCACGUGGGUCUUCCUCCUGUCAACGAGGGCGGGCUGCUUGGGGGUGAACCUGAUCGGGGCCAACCGGGUGGUGGUGUUUGAUGCGUCGUGGAACCCGUGUCACGAUGCCCAGGCUGUGUGUCGAGUGUACCGCUACGGCCAGAAGAAGCCCUGCCACAUCUACCGCCUGGUCUGUGACUUCACCCUGGAGAAGAAGAUUUACGACCGACAGGUCUCCAAGCAGGGCAUGUCUGACCGCGUGGUGGAUGACCUGAACCCGGUUCUGACGUUCACCCGCAAGGAGGUGGAGUCUCUGCUGCACUUUGCAGAGGAGGAGCCUGACUCGACCAAAGCCCCUCCCCAGCCCCACAAAGAGAUGGAGACAGUCAUCAGCCAAGCCUGCCAGCUCUACCCCCACCUCAUCACUAAGGAACCCUUCCACCAUGAGUCUCUGCUGGUGGACCGGAAGGAGUCCAAGCUCACUAAAGCAGAGAAGAGAGCCGCUAAGAAGAGCUACGAGGACGAGAAGCGUGCCUCCGUGCCCUACUCUCGCCCCUCCUACGCCCACUACUACCCAACCAGUGACCAGACCCUCAUCAACAUCCCAGCCUUUAACCAGCGCAACUGGCGUCCCAUAGCUCGGGGUGAUGAGAAGCCCGUGGCCAGCGUCCGGCCCGUCCAGUCCACCCCCAUUCCCAUGAUGCCCCGCAUGGCGGGCAUGGGCGUGGCGGGCUCCAGCUCCGGGGUCGGCUUCCCCGUCAACUACCUGCAGAAGGCUGGCGUCUACGUCCAGAGGAUCGUCACUACCACUGAUAUAGUGAUCCCAGGAGCCAACAGCACCACUGAUGUCCAGGCCCGUAUCGGUGCAGGAGAGAGUAUCCACAUGAUCAAAGGGUCAAAAGGUACCUACAUCAAGACCAAUGAUGGCAGGAUUUUUGCCAUCCGCUCAGGGAAGCUCAGCAGAGCAGUGCAGGGAGGAACUGCUACCAACAGAGGUUCCAAGGUUUCCCUUCUUCACGCCAUCGGUAACGGCUGUUCGUCUCCCGCAGAGCGCCAACGGCUGACCCCCGACAGCGCCUUGUGGCCCUCCACCCCAGAGAGCCCCGAGAUCCUACGAGAGCUCAGCCGCUACGCCGUCACCGCGGAUACCGUCACCGUGGGCAAUGAGCUGCCGUCACCAUCGGACACGUUUACAGGGGACAGAGGGGGAGGGGGAAGAACGCAGCAGCACAAUCAGACCACAGAAUCGGACCACAGCCGGCAGUUCAGAGAUGACAUCGGAAUGAGCAUCGGCGAGGCUCUGCAACGCUCCAAACGCAAGAUGGCCGAGGGCCGUGGACACAAGCAGGCGGGGGGCAAACGCAGUUCGACAGCAGCCGGUUUCCCCGGCCUCUCCCUGGGCAGUGGCGGCCUCAGCUUCCCCCCCCUGAACCAGGCCUUGGAAGGACACAUGAGCCACCCGCUACUGAUGGGAGGCAAUUCCUCAUCCCCCUUUCUCCAGUCAGCAGGACAGACUCUGGGAGACCUGCAGGCCAUGUUCCCCUUGGCAGGGGCGGACCUCCUCAACCACGCCUCCUCAGCCACAGGAAGCAAUGGACACCUCCCCUCCUCCUCUACCACCACCUCCUCCUCCACCAACACCAUGCCUGUGUCCUCUGCCUCCACCACCCUGCCCCCCUACCUGAUGAAUCCCAGUGUGGCUGACCUUCUGUCCCCAGGCUUCCCUCUGAACUACAGUCAGUCCCUGCUGCCUGAUCCCAGGAUGUACCCCAACACCCUGGGAGGAGGCCCAGCCAGCUCUGGAGGAAGCUCCAGCUUCCUCUCCCACUACUCCUCUUCCCCCUCCAGCCUCCUGGGUGCAGCCCUGAGCCGGCCUGACACCCAUCACAUGGCCACGGACAACGGCGGCAGCAGCUCGGACGAUGACGUCAUUGAGUGUCUGUGGAAGAGCAGAGCAGUGGCACAGACUGACUGUGAGAGAUCGGGAGGGACAGUCCACCCCCAUGUAUCCAGCAUAUGACAACUGUGUUACUUCGUUAAUGUUAUUUUAACAUAAUAAAACACACUUCUCCUGCGUUGUUA